CCUUAACAACCAAGUGAAUUACUUUGUUAAUUGCGCCAGGAUAUCGCCAAGGGGAGAGGCGCAAGUCCAGCGGCUCCACAAAAUGGCGACCUACACCGGUUCGCGCGUCACUGCCUUCUCCGGCUCGCGCCUCAGCAACGUGCGCAUUGGCCAUGCUACGCGCGGUGCCACUGCCGCGGUGAUGCGCAAGGACGGGAUUCACCCGCAGUGGUUCCCGGAGGCUAAGGUCAUUUGCAACGGUGUGGAGGUCAUGACCGUCGGUGGCACAAAGGCUACCUACAACGUAGAUAUCUACUCUGGUAACCACCCCUUCUACCAGGGCAACAGGACGACUCUGGUGUUGGACGAUGGUCAGCUGAACAAGUUCAAGAAGCGGUUUGCUGAGCUCGAAGAGCUUAGCGUUGUGCCUGUGCUUCAAGCUGGAAAGGCGGAGGACCCUUCGGCUAAGGACAAGCCUGCUCCGGCUGCGCAGAAGGGCAAGGGCCGGAAGAAGUAAACAGUUAUUACUGCUUUGGCUUGCUCGGAGCCGCAGUGAGUAGCUCAGGGUGAAUUGAGUUGGGCUUUUUGUUCACAUGACGCACGCGAACCGCAAUUAGGCACGGUUUGGAGCAGACGGUACUUCAAGGUGGAGCGGCGGUAUGACUGGGCACUUUACAUAAGUGCCAUUUCUGUUGGCACCUCGUUGUAUGAGGCUUGGACAGCCAGGGGCGAGUCUUUAUAACCGGGUGUGGGAGAGUGGGGGUCAUGGCAGUCAUUUUCCAGGCAGACUGUUCCCUUCGGGGCCCGAUCAGUUCGGCGCUGGGCGUGAUGGAGGUCUAGCCGCCUGGCAGAUAUUACCCCACCGGGUGCAUCCCAGGGGUUGGAAUGGUGGUUCAGGGCGACCAUUUGACGCGUGGGGCACCGUAGUAAGCUUACCAGGGCGUCGCGUUCAUUUCGCGGGUUCAUGUUGUCUUACAGUGGAUGGUGUGCACAGUGCCCUAUGUGCACGCAGGAGGAGGAUGUGCGUGUCGGCUAGAUCAGUGUGACCCUCAGCCCCCUGUAAAUUCCAAAUUCAUG